AUGCGCAGAGAGGUGUACAGAGUGAAGGGACACCUGGCAAUUUACUCUGGCUUUUUGACCUCGGUAAUCAAAAAUGGUAACCUUCUUUUUCAGAGAAAUAGUUCGGGUUUCGGAACAGGAAUACAGCAAUUCAAAAUAAUAUUGUUUACCAGCGAUCGGCUGCAUCAAGGUCUUGCCGCGAAUGUUGAGCAUUUAGGCAAUAGCAGUAUUUCCUCAUCUGACGCAUCUGGGACUUUGAUCCACGCUGAAAAGGCGCACCGAAACCAGUGCCGUUUCCCCGGCGUGCUGACAGUCCGAGUGCAUCGAAGGGUUGAGAGAUUCGGCAGACCGAUAACAGAUAACGGAGCCGUACCCUUUCUUGUUCAGGAUAGGAUAAGGGCCAUCGACCCCAAUGUUGGUAGUAGGAUUGUGUUUGUGAUAAAAGGGAGCCAAUUACAGUAUUUCCCUCGUCGCGGCGAAAUAUCGAGAUCAGCUGCCAAAGCGGUUCGGCCAUCACUUUUUGAAUAG